AUGAAGUGGCUUGGACUCCUCGGGCUGGUAGCUCUCUCAGAGUGCAUGGUCAUAAUUCCUGUUAUGCAAAUGAAGACCAUGAGAGAAACCCUAAGGGAAAGAAAUUUGCUGACAGAUUUCUCUGAGGAACACCCUUACAGCCUGUCCCAGAAUGCCACUAAUGACCAAAACAUAAUUUAUCAUCCCCUGAGGAACUACAAGGAUUUCGUCUAUGUUGGCACCAUCGCCAUUGGAACGCCCCCUCAGGAGUUCACGGUUAUGUUUGACACUGGCUCCUCUGACCUGUGGGUGCCCUCCACCCACUGCCACAGUCUGAGCUGCUUGACACACAAUCUCUUCAACCCUCACAAGUCUACCACCUUCAAGCUCCUGGACAACCCUGUUGACCUCAUCUAUGCCUCUGGGAGGAUAAACGGAGUCCUUGGCCAAGACAUCAUUCAGAUUGGGAACCUUCUCCACUUCAACCAGACCUUUGCCCUGAGCCAGAAGCAAUCCAAACAUUUUUUUCAAAAUGCACCUUUUGAUGGCAUCCUGGGCCUGGGCUUCCCCAGCCUUGCCAUCCAAGGAACCACCCCACUCUUUGACAACCUGAAGAACCUUGGACUUAUUCCUUACCCUCUCUUUGCCUUCUACUUGAGCUGCUGGAGGGAGAAUGGCAGUGUGGUGAUGUUUGGUGGGGUGGACCACUCCUACCACACGGGAAAGCUCAACUGGGUACCAGUGUCCCGAACCCACUACUGGCAGAUAACCAUGGGCCGCAUCUCCAUGAACGGGAAGGUAAUUGCUUGUAAACGCGGCUGCCAGGCUAUUUUGGAUACUGGGACUACAUUCCUGCUCGGCCCAAGUAGACGCAUCGCCAAAAUCCACAGGCUUAUCCACGUCAGGCCCUUUGAAAGUCUGCAGUACACGGUUCCAUGUAACACCACCAGCACCCUGCCUCCUCUCAUCUUCACCAUCAAGGGCAUCGACUACCCAGUGCCCGCUCAAGCCUACAUUCACAAGAAUUCUGAGGGCCUCUGCUACAGCACCUUUCGGAAUGGCAAACAGCAUGAGAACGAGGCAGAGACCUGGGUCCUGGGUAACGCCUUCCUGAGGCUGUACUUCUCAGUUUAUGAUCGGGAAAAGUACAGGAUUGGCCUGGCUCCUGCAGUGUAA